AAAAUCGAGGCCCAAGAAAGGAGCUGUUUGUGCUUUUUCUACCACUGAGGCCGUGGGCCCUGCGCUCAACUGCAGCGGUCUUUCUGUGGAGAAUGUGACCCCAGGCUGCUUUCCUCAGAGCCAAGGAGGACGGAGGGACGUUUGUCUGUCCUGAGGCUGCAGGAGGGAGGGGUUGAGCACAGUAAGAGAGGCCUGGAGGUGGCUGGGGGCAGCUGGCAUGUUGCGGGGAAAACGAAAUCCAGGCCAAGACCUCUAAGGGGUUGAAGAGCAAACCGCGUGCAGGUCUGGCUUCCGGGAAGCUGGGACUUCCAGACUAGGGUUGGGGACUUGGGAUCAGCCCUCCACCCACGAGCCCUCUCUAGCCCUGCCAGCCGCCCCGUAAUUUUGUGUUCUGAGUCAUGGGAAGAAGACAGGACAAACACACCCUGAGAGUGAGACGAGGCCACUCCUAGUUUGUACUGCUUAUAAAGAUUUACUGGGACCAGUGAGGUGGCAGUGAUCAGAAGCGUCCGGCAGGAGCUUCUGGCAAACAGGACGGAUUUCCAGGACUCUACCAGCUGCCAGACACGGCAGGGAGAGACCCCAGACCUCCUGGGUCCUGGCUGUGGGCCCAGAUUGCGCUCCCAAGUGGCGUUUGACUCACGUGGGGACCCUCUUGGAAGAGACGGGUGAACACUCUAUGAUGUGUUUAUCCAUUCUGCUGUGAGUGGCCAUUUGACGGUUUCUCAUCUCGGGCUGCUGUGAAUAUUCCGGCACGUGUGUUCUGACACCAGGAGCCUGAAUGGGGAACGAUUCUAUCAGCUACGAGUAUGGGGAUUACAGCGACCUCUUGGACCUCCCUGUGGACUGCCUGGAUGGCGCCUGCCUGGCCACCAACACGCUGCGCAUGGCCCCGCUCCCGCUGUAUGCUGCCAUCUUCCUGGUGGGGGUGCCGGGCAAUGCCAUGGUGGCCUGGGUGGCUGGGAAGGAGGCCCGCCGGAGGGUGGGUGCCACCUGGUUGCUCCACCUGGCCGUGGCGGAUUUGCUGUGCUGUUUGUCUCUGCCCAUCCUGGCAGUGCCCAUUGCCCAUGGGGGCCACUGGCCAUAUGGGGAAGUGGGCUGUCGGGUGCUGCCCUCCGUCAUCCUGCUGACCAUGUAUGCCAGCGUCCUGCUCCUGGCAGCUCUCAGUGCCGACCUCUGCUUUCUGGCUCUCGGGCCUGCCUGGUGGUCGAAGGUUCAGCGGGCGUGCGGGGUGCAGGUGGCCUGCGGGGCAGCCUGGACGCUGGCCUUGCUGCUCACCGUGCCCUCCGCCAUCUACCGCCGGCUGCACCAGGAGCACUUCCCCGCCCGGCUGCAGUGUGUGGUGGACUACGGUGGCUCCUCCAGCACCGAGAACGCAGUGACCGCCGUCCGGUUUCUUUUUGGCUUCCUGGGGCCCCUGGUGGUCGUGGCCAGCUGCCACGGUGCCCUCCUGUGCUGGGCAGCCCGACACCGCUGGCCACUGGGCAUGGCCAUUGUGGUGGGGUUUUUUGUCUGCUGGACGCCCUACCACCUGUUGGGGCUGGUGCUCACUGUGGCAGCCCCGAACUCCGCACUCCUGGCCAGGGCCCUGAGGGCUGAACCCCUCGUCGUGGGCCUUGCCCUCGCUCACAGCUGCCUCAAUCCAAUGCUUUUCCUGUAUUUCGGGAGGGCUCAACUCCGCCGGUCACUGCCAGCUGCCUGUCACUGGGCCCUGAGGGAGUCCCAGGGCAGGGAAGAAAGUGUGGACAGCAAGAAAUCCACCAGCCAUGAACUGGUCUCGGAGAUGGAGGUGUAGGCUGGAGAGACACUGUGGAUGUGUAUCUUCCUAUCCCAUUUCACAAGACUGGCUUCAGGCAUAGCUGGAUCCAGGAGCUCA